AUGGACAUUGUGAGCGGAGCGGCGACGGGGCUGGGCCUGGAGUGGGAUUGGGUGUUCGACGUGGAGCACCUGGGGUGGAUGGUGGAGUUCCUGAAGGGGAUGGUGAAGCCGGCGGCCGCGCUCGCGGUGGUCUUCAUGGCGGCGGCCCUCUCCUACACCCAGAGGCUCCGCCUUGAACGGGAGAUGGUCUACGCCAUCUCCAGGGCUUUCCUUCAGCUCUCCAUUAUCGGCUUCGUCCUCCAGUUCAUCUUCAACCGGGAGAACAGCUUCUGGAUCAUCCUCGCUUACCUUUUCAUGGUCUCGGUCGCUGGCUACACGGCUGGUCAACGCGCGAAACACGUCCGGGGCAAAUACAUAGCCGGAGCCUCGAUCCUCACCGGAACUGCAGUGACGAUGUUCUUGCUGGUCCUGCUCAACGUGUUCCCCUUCACUCCUCGGUAUAUCAUUCCUGUCGCGGGAAUGAUGGUGGGGAAUGCGAUGACGGUUACUGGUGUCACCAUGAAAAGGCUUAGGGAUGAUAUCAGGACGCAAAUGAACCUGGUGGAGACUGCAUUGGCUCUUGGCGCAACCCCGCGCCAAGCGACGCAUCAACAAGUGAAGAGGGCGCUGGUCAUAGCACUCUCCCCCGUGAUCGACAAUGCCAAAACUGUGGGCCUCAUCUCGCUUCCGGGCGCGAUGACGGGCCUGAUAAUGGGAGGGGCUUCUCCAAUUGAAGCCAUCCAGCUGCAGAUUGUGGUAAUGAACAUGCUAAUCGGUGCGUCCACCGUCAGCAGCAUCAUGUCCACCUACCUCUGCUGGCCGGGAUUCUUCACCAAGGCUUAUCAGUUGGAAUCUAAGGUCUUCUCCUCUGAGUGAUGUUUUAUUUGAAAUAACCCUAGCACAACUCGAAUCCAAGACACGUUCGGGAUUAAGGAGGACUUCAGAAGAUGGAUUGCAGAAAUUGUACAACUUCAUUUUCUUGCACCAUGUUGAGUUAUCAAUCAUUAGUCAAGUGGAAAGUUUUCGACAUUUUCGCUUUGAUUGCUUGCCGAGAAUCAACCUCCUAUGUUGCGCACACUGGAUUCACACAACACAAUUGGUCUCAAAAAACAGCAAAAUGCAGCAGGAACAUACUAGAGUGAGCGACGGCAAGUUUUGACGAAUAAAGCAGAUGUUUCCAAAUCGUCUGCUUCGUACCAUGCUUAUACAGUUGAUGCCAUGAAUCCAGCAAUAGUGGUACAGAUUGUUGUUUAUCUCCAGAUUUCUUUUUUUUUCUUUUUUUGUGGAACUUCAAUCGCUGAUUCUUCUGUCUUUUCCUAGAAACGGGUCGAUUUGAUUAAAAGUAAGUCUGUUGGAAUCAU